AUCGGACUCUGCUAAUAUAGCUUAGGAUGUUCAUGGGAGAGACCUCUGACAAUAACUCAAACUCAUCGGACUCCGAGGAUGUUCCUCACUACUCUUAUACCGAAAACAAUAAACUCCUCAAAUAUCAAGAGGCGGCAACUUCUUCUGCCAGAAAGGAUACAGGGGAUUUAGAUGGUCCGCUUGCAAGACUUGAAGCAGAGAAGAAACGGGCUUUGAUUAAAGCAUGGGAAGAAAGUGAGAAGACUAAAAUAGACAACAGGGCUUAUAAGAUGCAAUUUGCUGUUGGAUUAUGGGAGGAUAGCAAGAAAGCGUCGGUUGAGGCAAAGCUUAAGAAAAAUGCUGAAAAAAUGGAGAGAAAGAAGGCUGAGUAUUUCGAAAAGAUGCAAAAUAAAAUUGCCGAAAUUCAUCGGAUGGCAGAGGAAAAAAGAGCAGGAAUUGAAGCUCAAAGAGGGAAAGGAUUGCUCAAGAUAGAGGACACUGCUGAGAAUUUUCGCACACGUGGCUAUUCCCCAAAGAAAAUCCUUUCAUGCUUUAGUGCUUAAGCUUUUUUAAUUUGUUUUUUAAAGAAAGGAUCAGACUCUCACAGUCAUCGCCUUC